AUGGCGAGUGUGUACAUACCCGUUCAGAAUUCGGAAGAAGAAGUUAGGGUUGUGCUUGAUCAGCUCCCUCGUGACGCCUCUGACAUCCUUGAUAUCCUUAAAGCCGAGCAAGCUCCUCUCGAUCUCUGGCUCAUCAUCGCGAGGGAGUACUUCAAGCAAGGGAAAAUUGAUCAAUUUCGUCUCAUAUUGACGGAAGGUUCAAGUAAUGAUAUUGACGAGUACUAUGCGGAUGUUAAGUACGAGAGAAUAGCAAUCUUGAACGCUCUAGGUGCGUAUCACAGCUACCUGGCUAAAACUGAGACUAAACAGAAGGAAAAAGAAGACCAUUUUAUCGCGGCAACACAAUUUUACAACAGAGCAUCGAGAAUCGAUAUGCAUGAGCCUUCCACUUGGGUUGGGAAAGGUCAGCUCUUACUGGCUAAGGGUGAACCAGAUAAUGCAUUUCAGGCAUUUAAGAUUGUUUUAGACAAUGCCCCUGAUAACGUUCCCGCUCUUCUGGGCCAGGCUUCUGUAGAAUUUAAUCGUGGACGUUUUUCGGAGUCAUUGCAAUUGUACAAGAGGGUCUUGCAAGUAUAUCCCGGGUGUCCUGCUGCUGUGAGACUGGGAAUUGGUCUUUGUCGAUAUAAGUUGGGGCAACUAGAUAAAGCACGUCAAGCGUUUGAUCGUGUUUUGCAGCUAGAUCCUGAUAAUGUUGAGGCUCUUGUAGCUCUUGGGAUCAUGGAUUUGCAAGCAAAUGACUCUUUAGGAAUGAGGAAAGGAAUGGAGAGAAUGCAGCAAGCGUUUGAGAUUUAUCCAUAUUGCGCAGCAGCCCUAAAUUAUUUGGCCAAUCACUUUUUUUUCACUGGCCAGCACUUUCUUGUUGAGCAGCUGACUGAAACGGCAUUAGCUGUCUCAACUCAUGGGCCAACAAAGUCACAUUCUUUUUACAAUUUAGCACGGUCAUAUCAUAGCAAGGAGGAUUAUGAGAAGGCUGGGAUGUACUAUAUGGCAGCCAUCAAAGAAACUAAAAAUAAUCCACAAGAAUUUGUAUUUCCCUACUUUGGUUUGGGUCAAGUACAACUAAAGUUGGGGGAGCUUAAAGGAUCAGUAUCCAACUUUGAGAAAGUAUUAGAAGUCUAUCCUGACAACUGCGAGACUCUGAAGGCUCUCGGGUACUUAUAUACUCAGCUUGGAAAAACUGAUAAGGCUCUUGAGUACAUGCGGAAGGCCACAAAACUUGAUCCGCGUGAUGCCCAGGCAUUUGUUGGCCUUGGCGAGCUACUAAUAUCAUCUGACACAGGGGCUGCACUUGACGCCUUCAAAAUGGCUCGGACGCUCAUGAAAAAGGGAGGGCAAGAAGUGCCUAUAGAAGUCCUGAAUGACAUUGGUGUUUUACAUUUUGAGAAAGAAGAAUUUGAGUCUGCGCUCGACAAUUUUAAGGAGGCUCUGGGCGAUGGAAUAUGGAUUAGCUUCCUUGAUGAAAAAGAAAAACUAGAAGAGACAGGGGUAUCUGUUCUAGGGUACAAGGAUACUGGCAUAUUCCAUCGGCUGACUGAAAGUGGUCACUCUGUCGAUUUACCUUGGAAUAAAGUCACAACUUUGUUUAACCUAGCUAGAUUACUGGAGCAGUUACACAAAACAGAAACAGCGACUUUUCUGUAUCGUUUGAUACUUUUCAAGUAUCCGGGCUACAUAGAUGCAUAUUUAAGGCUUGCUGCGACCGCCAAAGCUCAGAACAAUCUUCCUCUAGCCAUUGAACUGGUUAAUGAAGCUCUGAAGGUGGACGAUAAAAAUCCAAAUGCUUUGUCUCUGCUUGGUGAAUUAGAGCUGAAGAAUGAUGAUUGGGUUAAGGCAAAAGAAACCUUUCGAGCUGCUAAUGAUGCUACUGAUGGGAAGGAUUCAUAUGCUAUUCUUUCUCUGGGGAACUGGAACUACUUCGCGGCAAUGCGCAAUGAGAAAAGAAAUCCAAAAUUAGAAGCUACACAUCUGGAGAAGGCCAAGGAACUAUAUACUAAAGUCCUCACUCAACAUAACUCCAACAUGUAUGCUGCCAACGGUUCUGGCAUUAUAUUAGCAGAGAAAGGACAAUUUGAUAUUGCCAAAGAUCUUUUUACUCAGGUUCAAGAAGCUGCAAGCGGAAGUGUAUUUCUUCAGAUGCCUGAUGUAUGGGUGAAUCUGGCUCAUGUGUACUUUGCACAAGGGAAUUUUGCCUUAGCCGUGAAAAUGUAUCAAAACUGCUUGCGGAAGUUCUUUUACAACACAGACUCUCAAAUUCUUCUUUACUUAGCACGUACACAUUAUGAGGCUGAGCAUUGGCAAGAGUGCAAAAAGACAUUGUUAAGGGCCAUUCACCUUACUCCUUCAAAUUACACAUUCAGAUUUGAUUUGGGUGCUGUAAUGCAGAAGUCAUCAUCUUCCACACUACAAAAGAAGAAGAGAACUGCUGAUGAGGUGCGCUCAACAGUUACAGAAGCAGAGAAUGCUGUUCGUGUAUUCACUCAGUUGUCUGCUGCUUCAGACCUCCAUGUUCAUGGGUUUGAUAGUAAGAAAAUACAAACCCAUGUUCAGUAUUGCACACAUUUGCUGGAAGGAGCAAAAGUUCACCGUGAAGCAGCUGAGCGUGAGGAGCUGCAGAACCGACAGAGACUAGAAGUUGCUCGGCAGGCUGCUUUGGCAGAAGAAGCACGCCGUAAAGCUGAAGAACAUAGGAAAAACCAGUUAGAGAAAAGAAAACAAGAAGACGAGCUGAGACGCCUCAAGCAAGAAGAAGAAAAAUUUCAACGUAUAAAGGAACAAUGGAAGAGCAACACACCUGGAUCAAAGCGUAAGGAAAGAGCUGAAGAUGACGAUGGGGAAGCUAGACCCAGUGAGCGGAAAAGAAAGAAAGGUGGCAAGAGAAGAAAGAAGGACAAAAGCUCUAGGGUUCGACACUACGAGGACGAUGAGGAAGAAACCGCUACUAUGGAUGAUCGUAAUGAAUUGGAAGAUGAAGACGCCAACACUAAUUAUAAUAGGGAGGAGGAUGAGAAUCAAGACACUGAGGAACCUGUGGAUGAUGAUGCUCAUGAUCUGCUUGCUGCUGCUGGGCUCGAAGAUCCUGAUGCUGAUGAUAAUGAUGAUGAGGUACGUGCUUCAGUAGCGAGACGAAGAAGGGCGCUUUCGUCAUCUGACGAAGAAGGGGAAUUGAUGGAGACUAGUCAGCCGAACUCAAGCCCUCAGAAGGAGAAUUCUCCGGCAAGGCAAGACGAGGGCAAUGUGGAAGGAGAAGAAGAAGAUGCUAACUUAGACGAGGAAGAGGACUAG